AAGUCCAUUUCAGUGAGCUGCGCUAGUCCUGAGAGUUACCAGCUCAGAGAAGUAGUCCAGCCACUCCUGAGCUGCUGCACACAUCAACUCAACCUGUUGGCAAAGAUUGAAUCAAUCAACAAGGUGACAGCAUCUUGUUUCUGUGUCUCACUCUGAUCACCGUUAGAGACCACAGCAGAGCUGAUGAUGGGGAUGCAGCAACACUCACAGCGCUUUCACGUCCUUUUCCUUAUGAUUUUCAUCACUGGGAUAGUUCUCUCCGGCCCUUCAACUCCUCGCAGGAGCAGAGUGAGACGUCAGAACAUGAAAGUCCGCAUAAACGCCACAGGAGACACCAUCGUGAUGACGUUUUUGCAUCCCAACGCUGACACCAAGCUGGAGGGUUACAUCCUAGGCUACGGCAGCAGCAUGUUCUCCAAACAGUUCAUCCAACUGCCUGAGAACGGACAGCCCUAUGAGACUGAGUUUGAUGCUGAGCCCAAGUACCUUAUCGCCGUUCAGCCUAUCCCAAACAAUGAGGUGAAAAAGCAGUGCACAGGUAAAGUGGAACUGCAGAAACCGCUACACCUGGUUAUCGGGUCGGUAACGCCCACCUCAGUGCUAUUGUCUUGGGGGACCCUACUGAAAACUCCCUAUGAAGGCAAUAUCAUGAAGGACUGCCUAGAGGAUGGACACUACACGGUGCGUUAUCGCGAGCGGAGCAGGAAGUGGCACUAUCAAACCUGCCCCACUAGCGAUACGGUCAUCGACAACCUGAGGCCCAACACAGUUUAUGAGUUUGGUGUUCAGCCCACCUCUAAGGACGGCACAGGAGUGUGGAGCAAGCCGGUCAUUCACAACUCACGGGGCAUAGAAGAAAAGAAAAUCUUUAAGCGUCCAGUCAACCCUGUGAAACCUUUAACGCCAGUUCCACACUCCUUCCCUUUUUCUCCACGCCAUGUUCCCCAUAACAGGACCCAUGGCAGACAACCUGCUUUGCGGAACAUAGCCCCAAAGACUACUUUUGCUCCCACCACAACUGCUGCUCAGGAAUCUCUGUCGACCAGUGGAUCCGCACUGCCUGUGGCCACCAAACAGCCAAUCGGAGGAGGGGACCUCUCUACAUCUGUGUUGCCUCCUUUUAUGGAGGUUCCAAUAGCUCCCAAAUCCCAUCUUCCACAACACAUUAUAGCCACCAUUGCAACCAUUUCAGUUUUUCAGAAAAAUCUUAAGGAACAUGAAGAAUAUCCUCUGAAUCAACCACAACAAAGACCAUUGUCCCAACCACCUGCACAACCUCAAGCAAAUUCUCUGCUUCAGGCACAGUAUCAAAAACCACCACAAUCUAAUUCCCAAGUUCAAAAACCUAAACCAAAACCCUUCCCUCAGACCCAACAACAACAUAAACCCACAUCAAAGCCCAUACCUAUGACCAAACCGCAACCCCAACCCACAUACCAACCCAUACCACAGACCGAUCCACAACAUUACCCAAUGUCACAGCCCGAACCCCAAACCAAACCUCCAUCCCAGUCCAAAAUCCAAACCCACCCUCUGUCACAACUCCAAACAACACCUCAGCCACAACUCCAAAGUAAACCUCAGUCACAAUCUUGGCAAAAGCCACAUUCCCAAGUACAGCCUCAGACCUCAAACCAGGGCCGGGAAAGACCACAACCUCAACCAACACUCCAGCCCACAAACCUGGUCAAACCUCAACCACAACUUCAUUCAAAGACCCAGUCUAAUGGUCAAACACCUCAACCACAAUAUACAAUUAAAACUCAGCCACAAACUACAAUACAAACUCAAAAAAAUAUCAACCCACAAAUUUCUUUAAAAACCAACACACAGGCUCAGCUUACAACCAUGCAGCAGUCUAAGGACCAACAAACCACGAAACCAAAGAUUAGUUUUCCUCAACCCAAGCUCAAAACACAGCCUCAACCAAAGAGCCAAUCUAAUCCCAGAAUGCAGCCGCACUUUAAGAGCCAAACUAGGCCCAAAACACCGUCUCAAACCAAAAAUCAGUCUCAAGGAAAGCCCCGAACAAGGGACCGACAAGAAGCCCACCCAAAGAUUCAGCCAUCGUUCCAAACCCAAUCUCCAACUAAGAACAAGGCCCAACCUGCAUCUUAUACUCAGCUCCUUCCCAAACCAAAUCGUCCCCCAAACCCCCAGACUCAAUCCCCGCUUGAAACUCUACCCAGGCCACAACCACAACCUGGGCUUCAAUUUCAGACCAGGACCUACUCCGAUCCCACCAAGGUGACCCCAAGGCAGGCAGUCUCUACGGCUCCUAGUCCACCAGAAGAGGGCAAACCUCUACCAAGACCUGCCCUGGCUACAGAGAAGGCUGAUAGUUACAAUAAGGGUCCUGGCGCCCACAGGCCAUUCGUAGCUGAAGUUCCUCGUUCUCCCAUUAGUUCAUCAGUUCCUCUAGCGGGAAGAAACUCCACGCUGUCCCACACCAGGGUUCCUCCUCACCCCACUCGUAAGAGUGGCAGGGCAUUUUCUCCGUCCAAGACAUUCACCUCCUCUCACAGCUCCAGCACACCUGAGGCCGAUGGGGCGCGUCAUAGGGGCAAUGCUCUACCUAAACCUGUGGUGUGGUCAAGAGUGAAACCUGUCCCUGCUGUCCUGCGCCCCUCUAUUCCUGUCAACAAGAGACCCAACCUGGUGGGGAAACCUAGUGACCAUGACAAACCCAUGGAUCUGAAGCAGGGAAGCAAGGAGUCCAUCUUGAAGACAUUCCCUCCGGUCACUGACAAGCCCAAGCAGGAGCGCAGACAGCAGCAGACAACCACCUCUGCCCCGGCAGUAAACGCCAGCCGCUUCGACAUGAAUGACAACUCGUCCAUUUUCAGGCCCAUGCCUGCGUCAGACGUAGACUUCAUGGGCAAGAAGCGCUUCGUUGCUCCACAUGUGAUAUACAAGACGGAUAAAAAGCCAUAUGAGCCGUGCUCCAUCACAGCAUCACUUGCUUUCUUCCCUGAUGAGGAGGGUGGUGAUCAGAACGUGACCGGUCCUCCCCGCAUCAGUCCCUCCAACCUCACUGUGGUGACUGUGGAGGGGUGCCCAUCGUUUGUCAUUCUUGACUGGCAGAAAACUGACAAUGACACCAGAGAGUAUGAAGUCGUAUCAACCACCAAGGGACCAAAUGGAGACGAGGUGUCCGUACUGACCACAAACCAGACACACACAGCUGUAGAGAAUCUCAAACCGGAGAGCAGUUAUGAAUUCACAGUUACACCAAAGAAUGAGCUGGGAGUAGGACCUUCCAGUGACCCUGUUUCUUUCAGCACAGAAUCGGCGGAUCCACGAGUAAGCGAACAUGUGUCAGGCAAAGAUGCCAUCUGGACUCAGUUUCCAUUUAAAUCCGACGACUACUCUGAAUGCAAUGGAAAGCAGUAUGUGAAGAGAACUUGGUACCGAAAGUUUGUGGGAAUCCAGCUCUGCAACUCCCUGAGAUACAAGAUCUACUUGAGCGACUCCCUCAAUGGGAAGUUUUACAACAUUGGAGAUCAGUCGGGCCAUGGUGAGGACCACUGUCAAUUUGUGGACUCUUUUCUGGAUGGACGGACUGGCACCCAGUUGUUUGCUGACCAGCUACAAAGCAGGACAGGGUUUUAUAGGGCAUUGAGACAAGAACCUGUCUACUUUGGAGAGAUUGGCGGGAAGUCACACGUUACUUACGUGGGCUGGUAUGAGUGUGGCACACCCAUACCGGGGAAGUGGUAAGAUUCAACAGGCCUCUCCCCAAGAAGGACUUUGUCUGUGGGGAGGAAGAUGAUGUCUCCUUUCUUUCUUGUUACCUUGGACAAUGUAGAAAGGUCUAUCUGAUGGGUUUGAACUCAGCCUACAGGUAUGAACCUAUACCGGGCUAUUGUGUCACAAAACUAUUGAGUGCAUUUGUAGUCCUAUAUUUCUAUUUAUCAAAAAGUUCUCUAACAAAGGAAUGCAAAGGGGUCAAAGGGCACUAAAAUGUUGAAUAUACAUUAAUUCCAGUGAAGGUGUUGGGAAGCUGGCUCCCAAAGUGUAAUAACUUGUAUGAUAUUAUUUAUCAAAGGGGAUUGUUAUUAUAUAUUCUGUAUGCGCUUAGGCUUUUGAGGUGAAGAAAGUAAAAAUAGCUCCCAAUACCAAUAUGUCAAUGAGCACACAAAUUUUUUAAUUUGUCUACUUCCAUUGUUCAUUUGGACUAUGUAAAAUAUAAGUACACAUAGACAUGCAGAAAUGACCUUCUGCUGGUCCUGAGGGAUUAUUAGCAGUUGCGGUUUGCACAGUAUUAUACUUUUGUUCAAAUAUGUAUAUGAAUGAAUGAAAUUCAUUACGUAAACCAGGGAUUAUAGUCUAGUUUUUAGAUUUUAGGUAAAGUAACAGCUAUUAGCCAUAUUGUUAAUCUAUUGUAAGGAAGCUGAAGCUUGAGCCCAAUGUUUCCACGGGGUCCUUUGAAAAGAUUUUUAUUGCUUAUGCAGUCUUGUCCUGCAUUUUAUAAAAGCAAAUUCAAAUGAAUAUGGAAAAAGUAUAUGUGGAAAAGACAUGUUUUUGUGUUUUAAAUCAUUGAAGAGAUAUUACACAUCUGUCACAAUUGCCGUUGUCUUUAAUGCACCAUGUUUCUAUUAAUAAAUGUUUUUUUUCUA